AUGGCGCUGCAAGUGACCGCAACAUGUUUUAAAGAGACGGAGCUAGAUCCUUUACGCAUGCUAGUGCUUCCACAUGCAGGUGGCUUAUCACGUGGCCUUGCGCUUGAGUGGAGCAAGAGUUUUGGUGCUGCAAAUCUUGCCGUAGAGGUUUGGGGCGUGGACUGGAUAUGGUCAUUGGCAGACGACACUGUCGAGGACGCUGCUGCUGUUUCACUAGAUCUCGUAACUGCCAUCUGUAAGCAGCUGGGCAGCGGUUUUUUUGGCAAGCCGUUUGUGCUGGUAGGCCACAGUCUUGGUGCGUUGGUGGCACUAGCAUUGACGUGCUUUCUGAAGCAGCACAAAUUGUCGACUCCUCGCCACAUGUUCUUCUCGGGGGCUGCGGGGCCCUAUAUGUGGGAUUUGUACAACGUGGAUAUAUUAGAGCAAGAUGUGCAACUGCUGGAGCUGCUGGAUCAAUGGGGGGACACGGACAAGCAGCUGCUGAAGAUUCCAGAGCAAAAACAAAAGUUGCUGAGUAAGCUGCGUGCCGAUCUGAAGCUGCAUAAUGAUGUCGUGCACUGGCUCAAGCAGCAGCAAGUGGUGAAGAUUCCUUCUGAUGUGACGGUGUUUGGAGGAUCGGAAGAUUCAGCAGUUCCGGUGGACUCUUUAUCGAAGUGGAAGGAAAUCUGCGAUGAGGAUAGGGAAUUCAAUGUAAAGGUGUUUCCUGGUGGACACUUUUACUUGACAAGCGGUGAGAGUCAUGAAGAUUUUACCAAAGCUUUUAUUGCCAAACUGGAGGCCGUGAUUGCAAUUGUUGUGACGGAGUCGCGCGUUUUUAUCGACGGGUUAAACUCGAAAGUUGGGUCGUAUCCGUCGGAGAAAUGUUUGCACGACAUGUUUACGGAGGCGGUCAAGCGAACUCCUGACGCAGUUGCUUUGCAUUACGAAGGCAGAACUUUGACGUUUCACGAAUUAGACGAGCAGAGUGAACGACUUGCUGAUUACCUGUUUCACGCUGGCGUGCGUCCUAACUGCAUCUCAGGCAUCUUCAUGGAGCACUGCAUUGAGUUCGUGGUAGCAUAUAUUGCUGCACUGAAGGCUGGUGGGGCGUACAUGCCGCUGGAGAUUGUGUAUCCUCCUGAUCUUCUAGAACGCGUCAUGGAAGAAUCCAAGCCAACGAUUGUGCUGACCAAAAAGAAGUUUCGCAGCCGCCUACCGUCCUGGCAGCAAGCACUUGAGCUGGACAAUGGUUGGCUUGAUAUCUUGGCUCAGAAAAACAUUCCUGUGAUGCCUCCUGGUCGCACGCGCACCCACCCGGAUGAUCUGGCUUACGUGGUCAUGUCUUCAGGAACCACAGGCGUACCUAAAGGUAUAUGCUGUCCUCAUCGUGGUGCUGUGCACUCUUAUGACUGGCGUCUCACCCGCUGUCCGUAUGAAGAAGAUGACCGUGUGGCAUGCCAUGUCUUUUUUGUCUGGGAACUGCUACGACCGAUGCUUGGAAAUCGACCGCUUUACGUCAUUCCGGACAAUGUAAUCUACGAUCCCGUCAAGCUGGUAGAUUAUCUUUACACUCACGAUAUUACUCGCAUUCUCUUUACGCCGUCACUUUUACAAUUGAUUCUUGACACCUGUUUGAAGAGUGAACUGUUGCUAAAGCUUUCGAAGCUGCGAGUGGUGUGGCUUUGCGGCGAAGUUGUGACAUUAGAGCUGCGUGAUCGCUUUGUUCGUCUUUUUCCGAAGUGCAAGCUGCAGAACCUCUACAGCGUAUCGGAGUGUCAUGACGUGAGCGCGGUGGAUCUUGCUGCAAUGACGACAUUCGACAACUCGCUAUCUACAAAGUAUGCCUCUUGUGGCGAAGUCAUGCCUAAUGUGAAAGCCUAUGUGCUAGAUGACGAAUACAAGUCUGUUUCUAUUGGAGUACCUGGAGAACUGUAUAUUGGUGGACCCUGUUUGGCCAUUGGAUACCUUAAUCGCCCCAAGCAGACAGCAGAACGUUUCCUCAAUCACGUCAUUCCAGGAGAGACUGUAUACAGAACGGGUGAUCGUGCACGCUUUUUGCCAAAUGGCCACCUUGAACUGAUCGGACGCUGCGAUUUUAUGGUGAAGAUUCGCGGGUACAGUGUGGUGCUGGGUGCUGUCGAGUCAGCUCUAGCUCAGCACUCUCUUGUGUCGACAUCGGUGGUGCUGACGGAAGGAGACGAGGGUGAAGACAAGCGCUUGGUCGCCUAUAUUGUACCAGAAGACUGGGAGAAAGUGCCGAGCGCAUCAAAUCUUCGCGAGUUUCUCAAGCAGAAGCUUCCGCACUAUGCAAUUCCGUCUAUAUUUGUGCAGCUGGAUGCGCUUCCAAUUAACAGUGCAAGUGGUAAGCUGGAUCGCAAGAAGAUGCCGUCGGUUGAGGAGGCUAAGAAGCUGCGCAACGAAUCAAUUGAUUUGUCGGUGGACCCGAAGAACCUGCCGCAGACGGAUACUGAGAAGAAGCUUGCAUCCAUUUGGUCAGAGCUUCUCCGUCUUGAAAACGACAGCGUGUUGCAUCGUGAAGCAAGCUUUUUCGAUGUAGGUGGCCAUAGUCUGCUUUCUACACGAUUGGUUUCAAGCAUUCGCGACACAUAUGGCGUUCACUUGACAUUGGCAGACAUAUUGUCUUCGCCUAUGCUGUGUAGUAUCGCAUUGCGAAUCGACAAGGCCCUUGGCGGUCCCAGCGAACGCAAUACUUUUGCAGACAUCAAAAUGGCGGAGAAAAAAGUAGUUCUGCCACUGGAAGCGGUCUUGGAUGCAUCGAUAUACCCUGCAGCCACACGCAAGGCUGGUUACAGUCGUUACCGCGUAGAAAUGGUGGGCUUGCCUCCACGUAACCUUUUCCUGACAGGAGCGACUGGGUUUGUAGGUAUUCAUCUGCUGCACGCUUUGCUGAAGCAUUCGACAUGCAUCAUCUUCUGCUUGGUCCGUGCCGCUGAUGAGGACGCGGCAAUGCAUCGUAUUAGAACAGCGUUGAAGCAAUUUGCGCUUUUUGAUGAAGCGCAAAAGUUUCAUCUGGAGGACCGAGUGGUUCCUAUCCCAGGCACCCUCGCGCAACCGCUUCUAGGUCUUGACGCUGACACGUUCAAAAUGCUGGCAACUGAGAUUGAUGCGAUUCUGCACAACGGCGCGGAUGUUAACUUAGUGAAGCCUUAUUCCGCCUUGAAGAGCGUUAACGUGCUGGGCACGCAAGAAGUGUUGCGUCUAGCGGUGACGAACGGGUUGGCGAAGACACGCGUGAAGCCUGUUCACUACAUUUCAACAAAUGGAGUUUUCCCAUCUGCACUGGCCGCGCCUAGGUUUUUGGAAAACGCUGACUUGAGCGAGCUGUCCGAUCAACUUGACAACGGUUAUGCACAAAGUAAGUGGGUGUCCGAGCAAAUGUGCCACAAGGCUGCCCAGCGUGGCCUCCCAGUCUCGAUUUUGCGUCCCGGCAACAUGGUUCCGUCCUCGGUCGCGGGCGAGUGGAACACUAGCGAUUUUAUCUACUUGUUGCUCAAGGGUUGCGUGAGUCUCGGCGCUGUGCCCGACCGCUCCGACUGGUACUUUGACAUGACUCCAGUGGAUUAUGCAGCGCGUGCCAUCGUGCACUUUGCUGCUUGUCGACCAGUAGAGGCACUUGGCCAGACGCUGCACAUCCAGAACCCUUCACCACCUAUGAAGAGCGAUGCGUUUUUUUUGCUCUUUACGGCUGCAACAGCUCGCAAAAAGUUGGCAGUAGUGGAGUAUUCAGAAUGGAAGACCAGACUACAACAAAGUGCUACCAAGGAAGAUGCAUCAUUGGAGCUCCAGAAACUGGCAGCAGGUAUUGAUUCCUUUGAGGUUUAUCUCCAGAGCGACAAGAUCUUUGAUGCAAUUGUCUCUACUGCAUUGCUACAAGCUGGAAACAUUUCUUGCCCCAUGAUCAAUCAGCACUUACUGACAACAUAUACCGCUAAGUGGUGA